ACCUCUCUGACUUUGAACUCGAAGUCUACACGUGUUACAGUUGAUGAGCUGACUGCCAUGACUCUGAAAUGUGAUGUUGACAGUAAUCCAGGAUCUCACAUCAAACUGUUGAACAACUCGCAGACUCUGCGUGAAGUGACAAACUCUAAACAGGCUGAGUACAUGUGGAACGAGGCUGGAUGUCUGGAUACAGGAUACUACAUGUGUGAAGCAGGAAACAGCAUCAAGUCAGCUGUCAGUGAAAGUGUGCAGCUUAUUGUAAGAUGUUCACCAAGACUAGAUCAUCGAGUUCCAUUCCAGAAAGAGUUUGCAGCAGCAGAAGGUGGAAAUGUGACUCUGAAUAUAUCAGUGAUUGCCAACCCAACACCCACAUUCACCUGGUACAAACUGACUGAUGGAAACAAAAACAGACUUGGGUCUGGCGAUUCAUCUACAACUGACGUAUCUGCUGUUGGGAAACUCACACUGACAAAUGUUCAGCAGGGAGAUAUUGGUACCUAUCAGGUUGCUGUGUCUAAUAGAGCUCCAAGACAAGACUUUGUGGUGAACCUGACACUUGAUGUAGCAGGUCCCCCGAAUAUUCCCAUGAAUGUCACAGCAUGGAGCAAUGGUCCACACUCAGUCUCAGUGUCUUGGAUAGAGGAAUUUAAUGGAGGAUCAAAUCAGACGUUCCUUAUACAAUACCGAGCAGACACAACAUCACAGUGGACAAAUCUCACUAAACAGUUUCCAGAGAAAGUUCUUCAUACAAACCACACAGCUGUCAUAUCAAAUCUUCAACCUGAGACGAGAUAUCUGGUGCGGGUUUUGGCUUAUAACAGAUAUGGAUACAAAGGUUUUACCAAAGAACAGGAAGCUUUGACUUUAAUUGCAGAUGAAUCUCUUGUACCAGCCUCAUCAAACAAAGUAACUGGAGAAGGAAUUGCCGUAGGGCUUGUUAUUGGGAUUGCUGUUGCCACCAUUGCAGUGACAGUUACAGUGUUUAUUUUGUGGCGACGAGGUUAUGUGUGUGCAUCUUCAAAAUCAGAUGGGAAGCAGUCUGAAGCUAGAGUGUACGUAUAACAUUGCAAACCUUUCUCUCACACACACACACACACACAGAGAGACAGAGAUAGAG